AUGGAUGUUCUCAUGUAUUACUAUGACAAAUGCUUUGCAUUUAUCAUCCGAAGAUUUAUGUGCCUUGCCAUACCUGUGUCGGCUAGUCCAGAUGAAAUUCGCCAUAUCAAGUCCCGAGAUGCCGGUCGAACCAUCAAGGUCCAUCUGUAUCAGUCGUCUGGCUCAGGCCCAUCACCUGUCCUCCUCAACUUUCAUGGAAGUGGCUUCCUUUUACCCCUGCACGGCAGCGAUGAUGAGUUUUGUCGACGCAUUCGUCAAGAAACCAAGCACACUGUCUUGGACGUCCCCUAUCGUCUAGCUCCAGAACACCCAUUCCCCGCCGCGCUGAACGAUGUGGAAGACGUCAUCAAAUAUGUGCUCACAUCUCAAAACGAGUUUGACCUGACCCGUGUAUCUAUAUCUGGAUUUAGUGCUGGUAGCAACCUUGCGCUGGCAGCUGCAUCAAACCUCUUCCCUCGCGAUACUUUUCACUCCCUGUUAGCAAUCUAUCCUGUGACCGAUAUGAGCCCUGACCCUGCUUCGAAGAUGGCACCGGUCAGUGGAUACUUGGGAAUUCCUCUUCCUGUCAUGCGCCUCUUCAGACGAUGUUAUAUUCCGUCAUCCAUGGACAAGCGUGACCCGCGCAUUUCGCCGCUUUACGCUGAGGCGGAUCGAUUCCCGCAACGUAUCCUUAUGAUUACCGCAGAUGGCGAUACUUUCGCGCUUGAGGCUGAGGAGCUAGCACAGAAGAUUGAAAAACUGCAAGGCUGGCAUGUGAUCAGCGAGCGCAUGCAGGGAUGUAGUCAUGGGUGGGAUAAGAACACGAGGGUGGGAACUCCGCAAUACGAAGCCAAAGAGCGGGCUUAUAAAUUGGCGUUUGACAUAUUGAACGGGUCCAGCUAG